AGCCGAGCUCACUGAGCAUGCUCGGUCGGAACGCGCAUGCGCCGUACCAAGAGCGCAGCCGCGCAGUUUGUUACGUUCCAGGGCUGCGCGGCGCUGGUCAAGCGUGUCCCCGCGGCCAGUGGCGCAGCCCUGCUCGGCCGCCGCGCGCCAUGGGCGAGCGCCGGGGCCGCGCGCCGCUGCAGGAGACCGCAGGGCCGGAGCGGGGUUUCCCUUCAGAUGCUAUUGAAAAUGACUUUAAACCAAAUGAAGAACCUCUUCUCAGAAAAAAUCCUCGUAGAUUUGUCAUCUUCCCACUCCAAUACCCGGACAUAUGGAACAUGUAUAAAAAGGCACAAGCUUCCUUCUGGACAGCAGAAGAGGUUGAUUUAUCAAAGGACUUUCCUCACUGGAACAAGCUGAAAUCAGAAGAAAAAUACUUCAUCUCUCAUGUCCUGGCUUUUUUUGCAGCCAGCGAUGGAAUUGUAAAUGAAAAUUUGGUGGAGCGAUUCAGCCAGGAAGUGCAAAUCCCAGAGGCUCGCUGUUUCUAUGGAUUUCAGAUUCUAAUUGAGAAUGUUCACUCGGAGAUGUACAGUUUGCUAAUAGACACUUACAUCAAAAAUCCCAAGAAACGAGAAUUUUUAUUUAAUGCAAUUGAAACAAUGCCUUGUGUCAAGAAGAAAGCAGAUUGGGCCCUGAAGUGGAUAGCAGACAGAGACUCAACUUUUGGGGAGAGAGUGAUUGCCUUUGCUGCAGUGGAAGGGAUCUUCUUCUCAGGUUCUUUUGCUGCUAUAUUUUGGCUGAAGAAGAGGGGUCUGAUGCCUGGACUGACAUUCUCCAAUGAGCUCAUUAGCCGAGAUGAGGGUCUGCACUGUGACUUUGCUUGUCUAAUAUUUCAUUAUUUAGUGAACAAGCCUUCAGAAGAGAGGGUCAAGGAGAUUAUUGUUAAUGCAGUUGAAAUUGAGCAGGAGUUUUUAACAGAGGCUUUACCAGUAGGGCUGAUUGGAAUGAAUUGCACUUUGAUGAAACGGUACAUUGAGUUUGUGGCAGACCGGUUACUUACAGAACUUGGGUUCCCUAAGGGAAGUUACCAGCAACUGGGGUGCUGCUGCUUCGAGUGCUGGUUCCUAUGUGUAUUCCACACAUGGGCACGCAUGUGCUUCCAGCACCUGAGACCGGAGAUUUGUAGCUGGAGCAAGAUUGCUUCCUUUGUGUAUAGAGGUACUGAAUUCAUGAGACUGGUGCAUCAAGAAGAGCAUCUUGCUGUUGGUGACAUACUUACCUGGUGUGUAGAACAUUGGCAGAAAAUCUCAGCAGGCUAUGAGUGAGAAAUACACAAUUCUGUCUUGACUGAAAUCUUCACCCAGUGAGAAACACCAUCUUGGGACCUGUUCCCCUCCCACUUGCAGAGCAACAUUAGGCUGAGACUCCAGGGGUGAUGUCCUUCUGUUAUCCUGGACUGACCACCUAAGGUACAUCUUUCCUCCCAUCCCCCACUACCUCAGGUUCUAUAAAAAAUUCACCACAACAGGGCCAAGGUUGUCUUCAUUGUAUCCAAUUGGCCUAGACAUUUUUGCUUGUGGGCCUCCUAUGAAUGUCAUCCCAUCCUCCUACCUAUAUACAAUCUUUUCUGGAUCAGGAGAAGGGCAGGAUUAGAGAUUACACCCCAGACCCUCUUCGUCUCAUGGCCUGCUAUUUGGAUGGUCAUCAGAUCUGAAACAUUCAUAUUCAGAGGUUAUCUGAAAUAUUGUCAAUCAGAGCAGAAAAAUCUCCACUAGAAAAUGCUCUCUAGCUAAAUGGAGGCCUUUCUCUAUCUAGUCACAAUGUAAACAGCGUUUACCAGAAUUGGCAGAUAUCACUGCCAUUUUAGACUAUCUCAGCUAGCCAAUGGAAAAACCUGACAUCUUGAGGGAUUGGAAAGUCUACCUGGCAGUAGUCAGUGCCUUCCCUCAUCCAGUGAAAAACCACAUUAUCUUUACUCACCCUGCCACAAUUUGAUUCCUCAAAGGACUCAUUAAGACUUUCCCACCAGUGAUAGUACCCAUGCUACAUAGGACCUCAGCUUGGUACUCUCAGCUCUUACUUUCAAAAAUGAUGGUCACAUGUUCCACGUAACACCUUUCCAUGAAGGUUGCCUUCUUAUUUGCCAUUAAGUCAGCCAGAUGGGUGAAUGAAUGGGGUGCACUCAUGGCUGACCUGCCAUACACUAUAUUUCACAGAGAAAGUCUCUCUUCAGAGUUUCACAUGAACCAGCUAACUCACUUAACAAUAUUAUUCCCAAAACCUCAUGUUUCCAGCAAAAAAAAAAAAAAAAAAAAAAGACUACACUCCCUCAAUGUCAAACAGGCCUUGGUCUUUUAUCUACAAAGAACGAAACUGAAUGGGAAAACACCAAGAAUAUUUGUCGCCAUAACAGAGCGCUCACAGGGACAAACAUUACUGACCCAAAAAGAAAAGGAGUACUU